AUGGCCCUGGAGCGCCAAACCGCCACGCUCCCACCAGCACAGCCCACUGCCAUUCUCCGCGGCCAUGCCUCGCACAUCCACGCAACUUUGUUUGUUCGCCAGAACAGUCGUUUGUUGACGGGCGACGCAGAUGGCUGGGUCGUUCUCUGGAAUGUUCAGACGAAGCGACCAGCUGCUGUCUGGCCAGCUCACGAUGGCCCCAUCCUAGGCUUCGCCCAAUGGGGAGAUGCAAAGAUCAUAACAGUCUGGCGACUUGCACUCGAAGACGAGACAGAGAAGCUCUCAUCAACAUUACCUGAAGAUGGGAACCGAGAACACACGCCCAAACCGUGGCUUCUUCAUUCGCUUCCUGUCAACACUCUCAACUUCUGCUCUUUCUCCAUGGCUUAUCAGCAUCCUCCAGCCUCCAUCGCAGAGGAUGAUUCCAUCUUUGUGGCAGUCCCGUCAACGGACGACAAGAUCAUCGACGUGUAUAGCUUCCCUGGUGAGCUACUGAAGGUCAGAAUUCCGCAGAUUCGAACAGUCGAAACAGGCAUGGUCAUGGCCGUGAAAUUUGUUCGUAAUAGAGCCACACAGCGACUUCUUCUCGUCGCAGGGUAUGAAGGCGGAGUCACUGCAGCCUUUAAGCUGGCUGAAGAACACCCCGACACGAGCGUAGAGACUGCCCAGAUUGUGUACCUCAGUCAACCCCAUUCUCAGCCAAUUCUGUCGUUGGACGCUUCGCCAGAGGGCGACUUUUAUUACACAUCCUCGGCAGAUGCUAUGAUAGCCAAGCAUCAGAUACCGGAGUUGCCAUCCAUUCCGGGUAAAGAAGACAGUGACCCACCUGUACCGUCUUCAGAUCUAUUCACAAAGCAAACUGUUGAUCAGGCUAGCUCCAAGACAGCGACACCCAGCGGUCUAUCUUCACUGCUUUCGUCGGCCGCACCGCUACCGAAGUUCAAGCCUGCUCCGCCAGUCCAGAAAGUGGUCAGCUUACAAGCCCCGUACAAAACAACAGACACCAAACACGCAGGUCAACAGUCGCUCCGUGUCCGCUCGGAUGGCAGGCUUCUGAUUACCGGUGGUUGGGACUCACGGAUCCGCAUAUACAGCACCAAGACGCUCAAGGAAGUUGCCGUGCUAAAGUGGCACAAGGAAGGAGUCUACUCCACUGCAUUCGGUGAGAUUCUUACACAAGAUGAGAUAGGUCGCGGAGAUGGGGCUACCAAUAAGCGGCAAAGAGACCGUGAGGAGCAGUCGAAGCUUAAACACUGGGUCGCGGCAGGAGCUAAAGACGGGAAAGUCAGUUUGUGGGAAGUGUUUUGA